AUGUCCUGCCAGCAGAACCAGCAGCAGUGCCAGCCCCGGCCCAAGUGUUCCUCAACCAAGUUCCCCCCAAAGAGCCCAGCACAGUGCCUGCCUCCAGCCUCCUCCAGCUGUGCUCCAAGCUCAGGGGGCUGCAGUGGCCCCAGCUCUGAGGGUGGCUGCUUACUGAGCCACCACAGGCGCCUCAGGUCCCACCGCUGCCGGCGACAGAGCUCUGACUCCUGCGGCAGCGGCAGCGGUCAGCAGUCCGGGGGCUCCGGCUACGGCCACAGCUCUGGGGGCUGCUGCUGA